AUGAUACCGGUGAGUAUUGUUACACCGCAGUCUGUGGGUUCAGUUGAGCAGAUUGGUGAACAUUCCUCGUCUCUGUCUCUACAAAAUAUUCCUGUUCAACAAGAUUCCGUUUCUUACCUAAACUCUCACGCUACUGUACAUAUGAGUGAUGGCCAGAAUGAGUCUAGUAGUAUUUAUCUUACAGACCAAGAGUUACAUCUAGAUUCCUUCCUUCCUAACUCUCCACUGGGCAUCACUAGAGAUCCUCAUUGUGACGAUAAUGGUGAAGAACAAAAUCGUAUAUCUAGUUUUGAACUAAUUAGCCGCUUAAUCGAUGCUGAGGGUCUAAUUGAGUUGGGUUACAUACCGUCAAGUUGUAAUUCAGCUCCAGCGAUUGAUGUAGCCAGUUUAUCAGAUCUGGAAGAAGUGACGUCAAAGACAUUGUUGUGGUCUUCAAAUGGUGAUGAUGUCGAUUCUUUCAAUUUCGAUGACCUAAGUAAUAAAAUCAAUGAGAGUAACACCAACAAUGCUGAUACUAAAUUAAGAAGUUGUAACAGCAAGACUUUGAACCACCGGCCAACUUUGACGUCUGAAUAUAUAUCUGUUGAUUUCAACCCGCUAAACAGUACUAGCGCUUUAGUACCCAUUAUCUCAUUACCAUCUGAUACAAAUUUACAAACUGUACCGUCACUUGAAUCAAGCGAAUAUGAAAAUUUUCAAGCACACUAUAAAACAAAUACUCCUUUAGAUAAUGUUCAAUCACUGCCUUCUAAUACAGUACCUGAUGAUCUUGGACCACUUAACAUUACUUCUUAUUCAAUGGGAUUAGUUGGGGCAGAUAUACCUUCAAUAACACGACCAUCUAUACAUCAAUCUCCUACUGAUCAUCAUGCACCUCAUCCAAUAAUAAAACCUAAUCAUAUACCAUAUUCUUAUUCACCGUUAACUCCAUUGUCUAGUGUACAAAUUCGCAGAAGUAUACAUGAAAGUAGUUUUGUAAUUGAUAAUCAGGUUUGUCCAAUUGAUAACAUUUGUAAUCAGCAAUUACGGACUGACUCUUUCGUUAAAAAUAAGUAUUCAUCAGAUUAUCAAGAAUAUCCAGGUGCUCCUAAAUGCUUUCCUACAGUUCAAACUCUAGAGUUAUUCACUUCACAUUCAUCUGACUUACCCCAUAGCUCACCAUAUUCUUUGAAGAAUGUUGGGAAAUCACCUAAACAUAUGUCGAAUGACACAAAACCCAUCAGAUAUCCUGAACUUCUACAAAAAGUUGGCGAAAAUUGCAAUUCUAACAUUCCUGGUCCCAAUCUUCCGUUCAUUUCUCAUUCUCCAUAUUCCAGUCGAACUCAGUCUUCAUCUUGUUCGAUUAGACAACAGUUUGCAACUGCUCCGAGUCAUCCACAACUUCAUGUAAGUAUACCUCAGACUACUCAGUCCAUAUAUUCUGUGUUCUCAUGUUCACCAAAUCAAAAGGUCGCAGUAUCUAGUACUGUUAAUUUGCCAUCUAGUGAUUCCGCUUCAACUACAUUGAUAUUCAAUGGAGAUUUCCGAUCACAGCCUGUUAUAAACAGUACUGAUAAUUCAUUUUGGUCCCAUUCUUCAAUCCCCAGUGGAUCCGCAGUCAAUACUCAAAUGAUUACAAAUUGGGAACAUUCAGUACCAUAUCCUGCCUAUGUACCCAAUUCUCAGAUAACUGGUUUUCUUCCCGAGAAUACUUCAGUCACUGAUAAAGCAGCGAUUUAUGUUAAAGAUGGAAAUUCAACAGCGGUACAACCAGUCCUCGGAGGUGGAUUGGUUGGCAGUUUCCAGUAUUUGACACCAACUGCUGUUCUCUCAAAACCCAAUUACACCAUUCUAAACGAUCAGUUAACAUUUAAUCAUCCACAAGAAACACUAAUCCAACCAUUUCUAUCACAGAUGAGUGAUCCCAUAAAAACAACACAAAAUCUUAGGAUCCCAUUUUGUCAGGGCACACAGUACCCCUUAACCCCAAGCAUAUCUAUUCCUAUUAAUCCCGAACACUCGUUUGGUCGAUUAGAAAUGAAUACUCAUCGUUAUUCCUCUGGAUCGCCUAAAACAAAUCCAGCCCCGACUUCUAGACUGUCAUCGUCACGACCAUUUAGUUCUCCCAUGCGUCGUAAUUCUGCUCCUUUUCAAUCGACUUAUCAGAAUCGUAUGAAUUUUCCUGAAACAGCUGGUCAUCAAUCUGAAUGUUCUAUUGUUGUAUCUCAAUUGUCUACUAAGAAAUUAACUACACCGGUUUUGUGUUGUAUAUCAUCUAAUUCAAAUAAUAUCCCAAUAAUAAGUCAACAGUCACCCAAUGGUAAUAAUAAUGUUGUGUUCAAAACAGAUAAUACAAAGCAACAUAUUAUUGAUAAAAAUAUUCUAUUAACUAAAACUACUACUGGUAUUGUUCAACCAUCAGAAUUGUGUCAUAUUCAACCGAUUUUAAUUUCAUCUCCGGUUAAAAAUAAUGAUAGUAAUACACAUAAUUUAGGUACUAGUUCUUAUAUUGAUUCAAAUUGUUUAUCAAAUAAUGAUAGAUCACACUCAGUAAUAUCCUCCUCUCCAUUAUUAACAAAUUGUAAUUCACCAUCAACAACAUUACAAUCAUCUACCAUAUGUUGUUUGUUACGGCCAUCGGGACGUUCAACCAGUACAAGCAGUGGAAGUAGUUGUGGUAGUUCCUGUAGUGGUACUAGUGGUGGUGUGUCUGUUUCAUCUGGACAGUAUAUUUGUUCAAUAUGUUCCGAUCGUGCAAGUGGAAAACACUAUGGUGUCUUUUCGUGUGAAGGGUGUAAAGGAUUUUUCAAACGGACUGUACGUAAGGAACUCACUUAUAUUUGUCGAGAUAAUCAAGAAUGUCAGAUUGAUAAGCGACUACGUAAUCGUUGCCAAUAUUGCCGUUAUCAAAAAUGUUUACGGGCGGGAAUGCGACGAGAAGCUGUUCAAGAAGAACGCCAACAACAACAGCUUCAGUAUGAAGUCCAAAGAUCACCAACUCCACCUGAGCAAAAUUGUGACUUAUCAGUUAACUCGAUGAUUAUGUCUGAUACAAAAAUAAGUCAUACAUUGAAUCAUUCUUGUUUAGUUGAAAACCAAGAAGCAAUGUUAAAAACAACUAAUUGUACAUUAUCAUCAUCAUCUAGUCCUCACAUACUUUCGAAAUGCUCAGAUAGUAGUAUAAAUUAUUUGUACUCAGCAUCGAACGAAAAAUCUCAACAACUUCCAAUAAAUGAUAAUUUUAAUCUCACUGUCAAUGACGCUGCAACAUAUCCACCUCAAGAGUUGUCUUUAAUCGUUAAUAAAGAUAGCAACAACGUAACAUUACCUCUGGUAGACAUUCAUACAUUGAAACUCCCAACAACAACACCCGCAGCCAUUCCAGCACCACCUGAUGCCUUAGAAUUUAUCAGGACGGCUGAAUCAACUAUUUCAAAUAGACGUAAACAAUGGUUGAGUGCUUUCAAUAAACAACAGUGUCAUGCAGAGAUUGCUAAAUGUUUUCAAGACAGUAUGGAAAAUUUCAAGUGGUUAGAAAAUAAUUUUGAGAAGUGUACAACUAAUCAUUUACCACUGCUUGAUUUAGUUAUCUGGUCGUCAAAAAUUCCAUAUAUCUGUCAACUCUCUUGUGGUGUUCACUUAGACCUCCUUAAAUCAGCAUGCAUGCAACUGAUCAUAGUGAAUUUAGUUUAUUGGUUAGCAAACGAUCAUAAACCUCGUUCAUUACCAACAUCAAAUUCUACAUCUAAACUUCCCGAUACUACUACCACUAUUAAUACUGCUUCUACCGCUGCUGUUCCUCCUACUAAUAAUACUACUGAUAUUCCCAAUAUCACUAACGAUCCCCCUGAAAAUUCAGUUUCAUCAACAGUAUCAGAUAUAUCUAAAGACUGUACAAUACAAGUGAAAAAAAUAAACAAAUCUGUUCCAUUGGAUGAGAAAAUGGAUUAUUAUUAUUCGAAUUUCCCAGAAUUUCAUUUAUUAAAUAAUUUAACAAAACCAAUGGAUAAUAAUAAUAACGAUUCAAUUUCUUCAAAACCAACUAACAUUAAUGACGAUAGUGUAGAUGAUAUGAUUCGAAAACGUAAUACAAAUGUUUACAAGCUAAUUUAUAAUUUAGCUAUAAAGCUCAGAAUGUUAAACCUGGAUCCGGUGGAACUGGGUUGUUUAAAAUUGAUUUUACUAUUGAAUCCAGAUUCUCUGACUUGUCUUAAUAAUAUUCGUUCAUCAAUUGAAUUGUUACGUGAUCAAGUUUACUCUGGCCUAGAAUAUUAUUGUAAUCAAGUUUGGCCAAAUGCUCCACAUGGACGAAUGGGACGUUUAUUACUGAAAUUAUCCAAUUUUCAAUCAGUUGCUGCACAUAUUGAAAAGUUAACAUGUUCUAAUGAGUUAAAUCAUCUGUUAAAUAAUUUAGAAUCUAUAUUUUCAUAUUUAUCUGUGAAAAAAGUAGACUCUUCAAAUUUUAUCAGUACUACUACUACUACAACGACGAUGACGACGUCGUCUACAAGUACCAGUAGUAGUAAUAGUAUUCAUCUGGAAUUUUCAUAA